GCUGACGGGCAAAGCAACGCGUGAAAAACCUGUCGCCGGCUAACUGUCUUUGGCGCUGAGUCGCCCGUUGGUGUAAGAACAAUUUGCAGCCAUGGCGGACACGGUACAAUACCUAAUGGAACAAAUGAUUCCGGAGCUGGAGGACCUAGAGCAAAAAGGCUAUUUUACGCGCGCGGAGGUUAAGAAAAUAGUCCAGAAGCGACAAAACUUUGAGUACCUUCUAAAACGGAGAGCGGCGCUCAAGGAGGACUAUUACAGGUACGUCGACUUCGAAAUGAAGCUGGAGGAGCUGCGACAGGCGCGGAAGGCGAAGAAGCACAUCAAAGGGAAGAAGGGUCUGGCGGAGGUGGCGAUCGUGCGGCGCAUCCACUUCAUCUUCGAGCGCGCUGGGCGCAAGUUCCGCAGCGACCUGAGCCUGUGGCUGCGGUGGAUUGAGGUCUGCAAGCGGUACAAGAGCAUAAAGCAGCUGUCCAAGGUCAUCACCAAGGCGCUCUCUCGGCAUUCCACGGUCUCUGCACUGUGGAUUGAGGCAGCGCGCUGGGAGUUCGACACCAACAACGACAUGGCGGCGGCGCGCAGCCUGAUGCAGCAGGGCCUGCGCAUGUGCAAGGCGGAUGAGGACAUGUGGCUGCAGUACUACACUCUGGAGCUGCUGUACGCGCUCAAGCUGCGCGUGCGGCGCAAGGUGCUGGGUCUGGACGACCUGGCGGCGGACGUGAGCGGCGAGGCGGGCACGCCCGGUGCGCCUUCCGCGGCGGCGGUGCGGGCGGUGAUGCAGGGCGGCGUGGCGCGCAUCGUGUUCAAGAACGCGGUGGCGGCGCUGCCGGCCCGCCUGGGCUUCCGCAGCCGCUUCCUGGACGUGCUGCGGCGCUUUGAGUACGGCUUCGUGGAGGGGCUGCUGGACCAGGUGUACGACAGCAUCCAGAAGGACUUUGGGCAGUCGGAGGAGGCCUGGGACCUGCUGGCGCGGCGCAAGGUGGACUUUCCCGCCAGCCGCACGGGAGGCCCGGCGGCGGCGGAGCAGACCGAGGAGGCGGAGGCGGACGCGGCGGAGCGCCAGCUGCAGGCAGGCGGUGCCGAGGGCGACAGCGAGUCGGGACCAGCGGGGCCGUGGGACGCGGACGCGCACGCCGCGGCUUGCCAAGUGUACGAGGCGGCUCUCACAGCGCUGCCCGGGCCGUGCAUGCACCAGUUGUUCGCGGGCUUCCUGUGCGGCACCCUGGAGCAGCUGAUGGAGGCGGGCGCGGGGCCGGGCGCGGAGGCGGCGGUGGCGGCGGCGGUGGGCGUGGCGGCGCGGCUGUUUGGGCUGCUGCAGCGGGCGCACAGCGAGGGGCACAGCACGACGGACACCUACCUGACGUGGGCGGAGUGGGCGGGGCGGGUGGGGCAGCCCAAGAUGGCGCUCAAGGCGGCGCGCAAGGGCUGUGAGCGCUUCCCCGCUGACGUGGCCAUGUGGCGGCGGCGGCUGCAGCUGGAGCAGGCGGCGGCGGCGGGCCGGGAGGAGGAGCAGCUGCUGCCGGUGCUCAAGUCGGCGCUGCAGGCCACGCAGCCAGACCAGGCUGCGGAGCUGUGGCUGAUGGCGGUGGAGGUGAUGCCCGCCUCCAGCCCUGAGUUCGGGCGGCUGGGCGAGAUGCUGGGCAUGGCGUGCGCCAAGGUGGCGAAGAAGGCCGCCAGCGGGGGACUGGGGCAGGCGGCGGCGGCACUGGUGGGCAAGGCCAGGGACGCACUGGGCCUGGACGCGGCGCGGGCGCUGUACGGCAAGCUGUUGGCGGUGCCGGCGCCGGGCGGGGACCUGUACCGGGUGGCGCUGCGGAUAGAGGAGGCGGCGGCGGGCAUGCCGCCCGCCUCCUCCUCGGGCUCGGGCGCAGCGGCGGUGGUGCCGGCGGUGGUUGCGCUACCCAAGGCGGCGGCCAAGCGCGUGACGGACCUGUAUGAGGCGGCGGUGGCGGCGUAUGGGCGCAGCGAGGCGGACCUGUGGAUUGGGUAUGCGCGCUGGGUGGUGGCGGGCGGCAAGGGCGCAGGGAAGGUGUACUGGCGCGCUACCAAGGAGCUGGCAGAGCCGGACGGCUUUGUGGCGGCGUACCGGGAGGCAAUCGGACAGCAGUGAGCGCGGCUUUGGUUUGGUAGCUUUCGUAGACCCGUUGAUUGUUGGCUGCGACAGCUGGGGCCCGAGUCCAGGCAGAGUUGAGACUGAGCAGAUGGACAGGUUGGGGACCGUGUCGUGGUGACUAUUUCUGUUACUGACCUCCCCUGGCCGCAACUGUGCAACAGUGCGGCUGCGACCUGCUUGAGCUGCGUGUGCACGUCAUUCAUUCCCGCCGCUCGCACCGGCUUUGUUUGUUAUUUUGAAUGGUUGCUGAAGGAAUAGCAGGGGAUAUCUGGACGGCGCCGCUGAUGAUGCAAAAGAUCUCGGUCUGGGUGUGCUGCUUCUUGGUCGGCGGGGCAAGGGGAGGCACGUGGGGCGGUUGGCGGUUGCUUGUGGCUGUGGGGUCUCGGUGGGAGGUGGGGUCUCGGCGGAGGGUGGGAACUUGCUCGGCUCGCUGAAACCUCUGGUCAUAUAGGGGCUGAAACACCCCGGCUUCGGCGAGCCAAGUGGUCGGAGUGGGGGCGCUUCGGCGAGCAAAGUGGUCGAAGCACCUCGACUCAGGCAUCCGGGAUUGCCGAGUCGGCGAACUGGAUUGCCGAACCGCCCCCACCUCGGCACAUUGGGAUUGCCGAGUCGGCACCUCGAGAUUGCCGAGUCGCCCCCGCCCGCGCACACUGGAUUGCCUAGACCACUAACCUGGAUGGCUGGAGCAACCCCGCUCAGCAAGCUGGUGAUGG